AUGAACAUUUUAAAGCUAUCAGAUUUUAUUGGAAAUACUCUGAUAGUCUCUCUUACAGAAGAUCGUAUUCUAGUUGGAAGCUUAGUUGCGGUGGAUGCCCAAAUGAAUUUACUGUUAGAUCAUGUUGAGGAACGUAUGGGCUCCAGUAGUCGAAUGAUGGGUUUAGUCAGCGUUCCGAGACGUUCGUUACAAUCUAUAAUGAUUAAUAAGCCUGUGUUACAGCAGCUUACCGCGAAUAAGGUUGAAUUCAUGGCUUCUAUUGUUUAG